UUUAAAUCAAUAAAGGUAUUAUACUUAUAUGUAAUAUAAAAUGGUGGUCAAAUAGGUUGCUUUUUACUCCCACACUUCCGUUUAUUUUGGAUAACGUAAACAUACAAAGAAAUGUACUGGGUUGACAAUAUAUUUACAAAAUAUCCAUACUAAUAUAUUUAACAAAAAAAUAAUACAUUACUUUUGAAAUGGUGGAUGUUAAUUGAUGAUAAUGCAUUUUGAAUUACAUACGAAACGUUUUGUAGUUGAUGCGAUCCCCGUCAGGUUCAACCUGUGGAUAAUGUUAUUCACGAGUUGUUGGAUAAUUUACAUGCUUCGAGUCAACAUGAGUCUAAAUCUUAUUGCCAUGGUUCCGCGUCCUCCCAAAAAUCACACGAUACAAUCUCAGUGUGAGCCGAGAGACGAUGUCACAAACGAGACACUACACCAUGUGGAUAUUACUGAUAUUAGGGAAGCACCCAGGCAGGUCCCUGAUGGAACGACCUUUGAUUGGUCCACUAAUCAGCAAGCUUUGAUUCUCGGAUCGUAUUUUUGGUCAUACCCUGUGACGUCGCUAAUUGGUGGAAUGGCUGCCGAAAGGUGGGGCCCUCGAUAUGUAGUGCUUCUAAGCACAGCAGCCAGUGGUGUACUCACAGCACUCAGUCCUAUUGCCGCCACAAUAAAUGACGUGGCCCUCGUAGUAGUGAGAUUCUUUCUUGGCCUCGCUGGGGGUUUUGUGUAUCCAGCAUUACAUGUACUUGUAGCACGAUGGGCUCCACCAGCAGAAAAGGGGAAAUUCGUAAGCGCCAUGAUGGGUGGAACCCUAGGAACAGUGGUAACUUGGUCGUUAGCUGGACCACUUAUCGAGAAAUUUGGAUGGGCAUCAGCUUUCUAUGUGCCAGCAGUAAUUACAUUUGCGUGGUGUUUCCUGUGGUGGUAUCUCGUUGCGGACGCUCCUAUAGAACAUCCCAGGAUUUCGGAUACAGAAAGGAAAUAUAUAUUAGACGCCCUUGGAGAUAAAAUUCAAAAAUCGAAGGGUCUACCGCCAUUCAAGAGUAUUUUAACGUCAGUUCCAUUCUUAGCAAUGGUGUUUAUACAUUAUGGAAACCUUUGGGGACUAUAUUUUAUUAUGACGGUGGGACCAAAAUUUGUCUCCAGUGUAUUAGGUUUCGAAUUAUCUGCUGCCGGUGUAAUAUCAGCUCUACCUUAUCUGGCUAGAAUGUUCUUAGCAGCUAUUUUUGGAGUUAUUGGUGACUGUAUACUAUCACGAAAUAUGAUGACUACUACUACCAUCAGGAAAUUCUUUUGUCUAUUCUCUCAUAUUAUACCCGGGAUAUUAUUGGUCCUGCUAGUAUACGCUGGAUGUUCUACAGCACUCUCUGUAUCUCUGAUAACAAUGUCAAUGGGCUUCAAUGGAGCAGCGACGCUAACAAACUUACAGAACCAUCAAGAUCUCGCUCCAAAUUAUGCAGGAACAUUAUAUGGGAUAGCUAAUUUUGUAGGCAGUACAGCUGGAUUCUUUACACCUAUGAUUACAGCUUACUUUACCAGAAAUGGGAACUCUUUUGAGCAAUGGAGGCCGGUAUUUUUCAUAGGUGCAUCCGUAUAUGUGGUAUCGGCCAUAUUUUUUAUACUUUUUGGAACAGGAAAUAUACAACAAUGGAAUUUUCCAAAUGAAAUCGCUGACAGUAAAGAGGAUAAAGAAAAAAAUGGGGACCUCAAACAUAUGAAGACCUCUGCUACAAAAAAUGGUGAUGGUAAGGAUGAUAAGGAAACUUCACUAAAUGUAAAUAGUUAGGUAAAUAAUUAUGUGUUUCCAACUAUCAAAAUCUGAAGAAAUGACAAGAUUGUAUAUGUAUAGAAAUUAUGUUGACUGAAACUACUAAAUUAAUUAUGUGUAAGAAUUUUAGUUAGUGACCAAUAUAAUAACAGUAAUAGUAAUAGUACCUAAUACAACUAUUCUAUCCAGGACUUAAUUUUGAUAUAGUAGGUUAUAAGUAUUAUUGGCGUGUGGAUGAUGAUAUAAUUAUCACAAAUUUAUAAAAAUGAUUAAUAAAAAUGUUUGUUCAUGUGAUUAUUUAUAUAAUUCGAAAGACAUUCUGCAACUAAAUUCUAAACCUUAAUUAGUAUGUAAUUGCUAAUAGCUUAGCAAUUACAUUUAGCUCAUUAAUUUGUAUCUAAUUUAAACAUUUAUUAGCAUAUAAAUUGAUAUAAUAAAAUUUCAAUCACAAUAAAUGUUAUUAAUUAUUGUUAUAAAACAUUCUUAUUUUCUGUGAUGUUUAUUACCAAAUCUAAUUUUACCUAUUUUAAGUUUAGUAUUUUAUUUAGCUUGCACUAUUUAAUAUGCCUGCUAAAAUAUUUAUUUAUUUAAUUGAUUUGUUUAAUUUGAGAUAGUUUGCAGAGAGAAUAGCGGGUAUUAACAGUCGUGGUUUCCUCAUUUACGUAUCGCAUUUCACCAUUGCAAAAGAAAUAUCAAUGUUAUAGAAUAUUACAAAUGAUAUAGAUUCCUAAUAUAAUAAAAGAUUGCUUUCUCAAUCAAUUGUGUUGAUAAUCUGGAAAAAUUAUAUCAAUGUA